AUGGCUCGAAUGUACGGCAAGAAGAAGGGCAUUGCCCGGUCGGCGCUGCCUUAUGUCCGUGACGCCCCCACCUGGUCCAAGGUGACACCGGAGGAGGUUAUUACAUGUAUUGAGGCAUUGGCCAAGAAGGGUAUGACUCCUUCCCAAAUCGGUAUCGCUCUUCGAGACUCCCAGGCAGUGCCCCGUGUGAAGGCCAUCACUGGCACGUUGAUCACCCGCAUCCUGAGGAAAAGGGGCCUGGCCAAUGAAGUGCCCGAGGACCUCUACUUCCUCAUGAAAAAGGCUGUCAACAUGCGCAAGCAUCUCGAGAGAGCCCAUAGUGAUAUAUCCUGCAAGUAUCGCGUCGGCCUCACUGAAUCCAAGAUCCACAGACUUGCCCGCUAUUACAGAAGCAGACGCCGUCUUCCUGCCACCUGGAAGUACACUGCAGCCAAGGCCUCUGCCAUCGUCGCCUAA